UAUGGCCCAUUAAAGAAAAUUGAUUUAAUAGAGAAAAUGUAGGAUUCUGUUGAAAUAGUUUUUCAAAUCGAUCCAUAUAACAAUAAUAAAAUCUUGCACUUUUAUAGAUAGACAGAUAGAUACAUACAUCAUAUAUGUAACAAAAUUGUACAAUAAUUGCAAUUUCAAAGCGUUUCAAAUAGCGAGCGAGCACUGUUGUUGUUGUUGUUGUUGCUUGGCUGUCAACUUAAGUUAUCAAUAGUACUAUCAUAUUUUGCACUUAUCACGCAAAUCGAAUAGAGCAUACUUGGGCUAGUUACACAUCUAAUCGUCAAGCGUGCGGACGGACACACAAAAUGUGCAAACAUUUCCUGCUUUUGUUGCUAUUGGGUGCUCUAAGCCUCAAAGCCACGCCCAUUGAUGCAGCUAUCAGGAGACCCUCUCUAGUCAAUGCAACUCCGAUAGGCCAGAAGAUUUACUACAUUGAGGAAUCGCUGCGCGUGAAUUGGUUCCAUGCGAGCAAUCUCUGUCGCCAGCUGAACGGCUUUCUGGUCAACCUGGAGAGUGAGAAGGAGCUAGUCGAGCUGAGUGCCCGAUUGCACCCAGCGAAGAGCUAUUGGCUAUCGCUCUAUGAGCUGGCCACACCGGGCGUAUACGCAUCGCAGGCAACGGGCAAGGAUGCCCAGUUCCUGCGCUGGUCCGCCGGCCAGCCGGACAACAUUGGCGGCGUGGAGCAUUGCGUGGAGCUCUGGCGACCAGGCAGCUGGUUUCAAAUGAAUGACGCCUCCUGCGAGACGCCUCUGCACUUUAUCUGUGAGUUGGGAGCUGAGUCGGAUUAGUUUAAUGAAUACUUACAGCCCGGUUGGAUGCCCUUGCUGCGCACCGUGCGAUAGGGUUGUCGCGCUCCUGGAUCAAUUUUCCCAUACAUAGUUCGAUCCAUUUUGACUUGAUAUUGAUUUAUAUUUGUGUAUAUAUAUGUGUAACACUUUGCUCUCUAGCUGCAUUCAAAAGUCAAUAAAAAAUCGAAAGUUCACACAAACAGA